UCGCUGUGACUGAUCUCUCCUCCCACCCUACAUUCUCUUGGCUGAACUCUACCCUCCAGACUGAUUCUGGUCGCCCUGGACACUCCCUCCCAGGAGUGCUUUGGCUGCGGGCGCCAAGUCCCAGCGGACACGGACGUCAGACUCAUCGUUUCUCCUCUACAGGUCCUCCCGGCCCGGCCCGAACAUGCUGGACGGCCUAAAGAUGGAGGAGAACUUCCAAAGCGCGAUCGACACCUCGGCCUCCUUCUCCUCGCUGCUGGGCAGAGCGGUGAGCCCCAAGUCUGUCUGCGAGGGCUGUCAGCGGGUCAUCUUGGACAGGUUUCUGCUGCGGCUCAACGACAGCUUCUGGCAUGAGCAGUGCGUGCAGUGCGCCUCCUGCAAAGAGCCCCUGGAGACCACCUGCUUCUACCGGGACAAGAAGCUCUACUGCAAAUAUGACUACGAGAAGUAAGUGGCCGUGUCCCCGCAGCGCUCCCCACGCACCGGCAUCAGCGUGCGUCCAGGACUUUGUCCUCCCUUACCCUAGUCCUCUUCUGGAAGGCCC